AUGCCGGAGAAUCCGUCGUCUCGUUCAGGCCUCGAAGUUGACCUCGAGCAUCAGAAACUACAAGUAACGCAUUCCCACCUCGUACGAGAUAGCCAGAAUGGACGCCGCUACCAUGCGUUUCGCGAGGGAGCAUAUACCCUGAUGAAAUUCAGCGAAUAUCCUUCUGCGCAGAUUAUCGGCACGGAUCUGAGUCCGAUACAACCACAAUGGGUCCCCCCAAACUGCACAUUCGAAAUCGACGACUACGAAACCGAAUGGGUCUACACGCGUCCCUUCGACUUUAUCCACGGCCGCGAGCUGGCCGGGUUCGUCGCGGACUACGGCCGCCUGUUCAGCCGCGCGUUCAAGCACCUGAAGCCGGGCGGGUAUUUCGAGAUCCAGACGGUCAACCCGACGGUUUUCUCCGAUGACGACAGUCUCGAAAAGGCCAAGAAUCUCCGGCACUGGGUGGCGGAGAUGCACAAGGCCAGCGAGCAGUUUGGCAAGAGCAUGACCGUGGUAGAGACGUGGAAGGACGAGCUGAUCAAGGCUGGGUUUGAGGAUGUUCAUCGCGAGGUUAUUAAGUUCCCAAUCGGCCCCUGGGCCAAAGACAAGAAGCUCAAGGAGAUCGGAAAAUAUCACCAGGCGCAGGUGAUAGACGCGAUAGGCUCGUAUACCCCAGCCCUUUUCACGCGGAUUCUGGGCUACACCAGGGAGGAGGCCGAGGUUCUCUGUGUGGCGGUGCGCAACGAGAUCAGGGACCGGACUCUGCAUCUCUACCAGGAGGCGCAUUUCGUGUAUGGGAGAAAGCCUGAAGCGAAGUCUUGA